GACUGUUAUUAUUGCGUUUCCGGACUUCCGGAGCCGCGGCCCGACCACGCUCACUGUUGCGUAGAAAUGGGAUUGGACAUGAUCGAUGCAAUAACAUUGGUUCGCGAGGUAAUGGCCGUAAACGUGAAUAUGAGAGUCGGUAUCCACACGGGUCGAGUACACUGCGGGGUCCUCGGACUGAGAAAAUGGCAGUUUGAUGUUUGGAGCAACGAUGUGACCCUAGCCAAUUACAUGGAAAGCGGAGGUAUACCCGGCCGCGUGCACGUCACGAAAGAGACCCUAGAUUGCCUGGGCGGGUAUUACGAGGUCGAGGAGGGCCGCGGGGGCGAGAGGAACGCGUACUUAAAGGAUCAUAACAUCAGGACCUACUUGAUUGUCCCGGGAGAUACAUUUAAGGACAACAUAAGUUCCGGAAUGCGAAAAACCUUCCCGGCAAAUGGUAAUGUGUCCAAGGAAAUGAGGGUUAUGGGUCACGGUUCGCAGCAUGGAAAACAUAGCAAUAGAUUAGGCUUCGGUGAAACCAUCGAGGGCGAAAAAGAUCCCGAAGAUGAGGUGAACGAGUACCUGAUGAGAGCGAUCGAUGCUAGAAGCAUAGAUCGAUUGAGAGCGGAACAUUGUACGCCGUUUAUAUUGACGUUUCGACGACCGGAUGUCGAAGAAAAGUACUCGCGCGAGAGGGACAGGAUGCUCUCGGCUUAUUUCGUGUGUUCCGGCUUCGUCUACAUGGUCGUUGUGGUCGCAAUAGCCAUCACCCUCGCCGGGAGCGUGUACUUCUACGUCUGCACGGCGAUCAGCGUGCUGGUGAUAGCCCUGGUCAACGGCAUUUUAUUGGCGGAAAAAAACGAGAAGGUACCGAAAUGGGUGAGAAGCAUGGCGUUACAGAUCUUCGAGAAUCGCAUCAUCGCGCAGAGCAUCGCGUCCAUCGUCGUGUUUCUGACGUUCAUCACGGUACUGUCGCCGCUGAUCACGCUGACCGGAAGCGAGGCUUGCGUCAACAAUAGUACGAUGCCUUUCGCUGAGGAAUGGCAGGAUGAGAAUCUCAGCGUGAUGAGAGUACCGACGAAGAAUAUCGAUGGCCCCGGCAUCUGUGAUUAUAUCCUCUUCUGCGACUUGUUUCCAGUUCUGGUGAUGCUGGUGAUGGUAACCUGCGCGGUGUAUCAGAUCCUAACGUCGGUCUUUAAAGUGGCCGUGUUGAGCAUCGUUGUCGCCUGUUAUCUCGGGGUCAGCAUUUACCAGGCGCUAAACGAGAACGACGUCGAGCCAGCUGGAAGAUGGUUGGCGGGUGUUCUGGUGGUUUUCUUCAUGGCCUGCCUAGUGGCGCACUCCCAGCACACGGAGGCGACCUACAGAUUGGAUUUCCUGUGGAAGUUGCAAGCGACCGAGGAGAAGGAGGAAAUGGAACACUUGAAGGCCUACAACCAGAAAUUGCUCGCGAAUAUACUUCCGGAACACGUGGCCGCCCAUUUUUUGUCUACCGUCAAUUCAGACGAAUUAUACCACGAGCAAUGCGACUGCGUGUGCAUUAUGUUCGCCUCGAUACCGAAUUUUUCGGAAUUCUACGUGGAGCUCGAAGCGAACAACGAGGGCGUGGAAUGCCUCAGGCUCCUCAACGAAAUCAUCGCUGACUUCGACGAGUUACUCGCCGAGGAGCAGUUCAAGUAUAUCGAGAAGAUCAAGAGUACGGGCGCCACGUAUAUGGCCGCUUCGGGCCUAACGAAAAGCACCUGCGAUAUGCGGGAUUUCAAGCACGUAGUCGCUAUGGCGGAUUACGCUCUGAGAAUCCGCGAGCAGCUGGCCUAUGUCAAUGAACACAGCUUUAAUCACUUCCGCAUGCGUGUGGGCAUCAACAUCGGACCGGUGGUUGCCGGCGUGAUCGGUGCGAGGAAGCCGCAAUACGACAUCUGGGGCAACGCCGUGAACGUGGCCUCCAGGAUGGAUUCUACGGGCGUGCUGGACGGGAUUCAAGUUACCCAGGAGGUUCGCGAUAUUCUGGUCACUAAAGGAUAUCCGCUCACGUGCCGCGGAACGAUCCAAGUCAAAGGAAAGGGCAGUAUGAUAACUUACUUCCUGGACGGGCCGAGGGACAGCACGAAGUCUAAUCAGAUAGACGUCGCCAAGACGAAUUUCAAUAACAACACCGACGCCACGGUCGUCAACAAUAGCAGCGGGGCUGUCUGAUUGGUAUUGCUUAUACAAUAAUUAAUCAGUUAAUAUAUUUUAGAGAAUCUUUUAAAAUCUAUUCCUCUCUUUUAAU